AUGGGAGUGAAGUGGGAGAAAAAUGCCUGGUAUCAGAUUGUAGUGGAGGAGGAGAAAAGUCAGACAGAAAGUCAGACAUCAAAUGUGAUCGUGUACGAGAUCUUUGAUUUUAAAUAUAACACUCUGCCCUAUUCUCUGACCAUCAUUGAUACGCCUGGAUUUGGAGACACCAGAGGGAAAGAAAAUGAUAACAUGAUCAGUCAACAAUUAUUGGACUUGUUCAGGUCAGGUGAUGGAGUUAAUGAAGUUCAUGCAGUAGGUCUGGUGAUGAAGGCAAGUGAGAAUCGUCUGACUGACCGACUGAAGAACGUUUUCAGUUCAGUGAUGUCUUUGUUUGGAAAUGACCUAGAGAAAAACAUUGUAGCUCUGAUCACACACUCAGAUGGAACAACACCUAAAAAUGCGCUCAAAGCUCUUGAAGCUGCAAACAUUAAAUGUGCCAAAAACGAGAAGAAGCCUGUUCAUUUCCUGUUUAAUAACUGCCAACGUGAACAAAGAACAGAGGAACAAGAAGAAAACUUGAAAGCUGCUCAUAAAUUUUCAGAGAAAGGAAUGAGAAGUUUCAUAAGAUUUCUGGGAAAAACUGCUCCUCAGAAACUGGAGAAAACUAAGGAAGUUCUGGAUGAACGCAAAGAACUUAGAAUCUGCAUCCAAAAUCUGAUAGAGAAAAUUCAGGUGAUUGAAAUGAAAAAGACAGAAAGAAUACAGAUUUUGGAAGGUCUGGAGAAAAAUCAGCCCAUUGUUGAAAUUGAUGAAACCUACAAAGUUAAAGAACCUAUCAAUGGUGGGGAAUGGGGGAUUGUGUUUUAUGAUGGAGCUACAUUCUGUCAGUUAUGUGAGGAAACCUGUCAUUAUCCAUGCACAACGGGCUGGGGUCCUAAAAUGUGUGGCAUCAUGAAAAAUGGCCGCUGCAUUGUUUGUAUCAACAAAUGUCCUGCAUCUGCUCAUGUGAAAGACACGUGGAGAUAUGUGAUUAAGACAAGGAGAGUAAAGAUGCCUUUGGCAGAAAUAGAUGAGAAAUAUCGAGAAGAAACAGAAACUGAACGUGAGAACAAGUUGAGUCUUCUGGAAAACAUUCAAAAGCAAAUUAACCAACUGACAGCAGAGAAGUCACAGUUACUGGAUGAGUGCUAUCAACAUGUUGUCAGACUGGAGGAGAUCGCUCUGAAAGCUGAUUCAGAGUCCGAUAUUAAUAACUUGGACUUCCUGAUUGGGGAGAUGAAGGAGAUAGGAGACACAGAGAAAUUUCAGAAACUGGAGGAGAUGAGAAGCAGGAUGUAGCAGAAGCAGGACGAAGGAACCAGAAAUUCUCUGCAUUAGGUGAACAUCAUUCAUAAGCUCCCAACU